CUACUCUUCCUCACCUCACCCCUUCAGUGUCCUCCUCACCUCGCCCCUUCCUACUCCUCAUCACCCCUUCAGUCUCCUCCUCACCUCAUCCUUCAACUCAUCCACUUACCAACCAUUCAGUGUCCCUCCACCCCUCUCUACCAAUUCCUGCACUGGCCUCCAUUUAGUGUCCUCCACCCCCACUCUGCCAAUCCCUCCACUUGGCCUCCAUUCAGUGUCCUCCACCCCUCUCUGCCAAUCCCUCCACUGGCCUCCAUUCAGUGUCCUACACCCCCUCUCUACCGAUCCCUCACUGGCCUCCACUCAGUGUCCUCCACCCCUCCCUGCCAAUCCCUACCACUGGCCUCCAUUCAGUGUCCUACACCCCUCUCUACCAAUCCGUUACUGGCCUCCACUCAGUGGUCCUCUACCCCCUCUCUAAACCAAUCCCCUCCACUGGCCUCCACUCUGUGUCCUCCACCCCUCUCUGUCAAUCCCUUCCACUGGCCUAAAUUUCAGUGUUCUCCACCCCUCUGUCUGCCAAUUUCCCUCCACUGGCCUCCAUUCAGUGUCCUCCACCCCCUCUCUGCCAAUCCCUCCAGUGGCCUCCACUCAGUGUCCUACCUACCCCUCUCUGCCAAUCCCUCCACUCCCCUCCAUACAUCAGUGUCCUCCCCCCCUCUCUGCCAGAUCCUCCACUGACCUCCAUUCAGUGUCCUCCACCCCUCUCUGCCAAUCCCCUUCACUGGCCUCCACUUAGUUUCCUCCACCCUCUCUCUGUCAAUCCCUCCAGUUGGUUUCCCAUUGCCC